AGUUUGUGAAUAAAGUAAUAUAUGUUCAUUUGUAGUAUUAGUUUUAUAAUUUAUGAUUACUGUGUUAUUUUCUAAUUACUUGUAAAAUGCAUAAGAUUAAUAACGUGUACAAUGUCUCAGUGGUGAAGUUAAAUCUAAGGAGUUUUGCUAGUUCAGGAAAGAAAAUAAAGGAUUUCAACUACCAGUAUUUUCAAAGAAGCAAUGUGCCCACAUUCCACUUUCAGAAGUCUUUGCCUCGGCUCCCUAUACCUGAGUUAGACAAAACUCAGGAACGUUAUUUAAAUGCAGUACGACCGCUUCUUAGCAAGAGCCAGUACGAUGAGGCGAUUAAGAGAACUAGCAAUUUUGUUGCUCACGAAGGCAGCCAAUUGCAAUCAAAACUUGUUUCUAAGGAUAAAUACAAUAAGCAUACAAGUUACAUAUCAGAUUAUUGGUUCGACCUAUAUUUAAGAGAACGAGUAGCAUUACCCAUCAACUACAAUCCUUUCCUCGUAAUGCAGAACGAUGUGAGGCCAGAAUACAAUAACCAGUUGGUUAGAGCUACAAACUUAUUAGUAAGUGCAGUUAGAUUUAUGCUUUCCUUAAGAGAGGAGAUAUUAGAGCCUGAAGUAUAUCACAUGCAACCCAAGAAAAGUAACACACCAUUAUUUAGAACUGUAACUGGGUUACUGCCAGCUAGUUUAUCUUGGUAUGGUGCAUACUUAUUCAAAGCAUUUCCACUGGAUAUGAGUCAAUUCACCGGGCUAUUUAAUGCAACUCGUAUUCCUGUAGUAAACAAAGACAAAAUCUUCAGAGACCCAACUUGCAAUCAUGUUGUGGUGCAAAAGAAUGGAAAUUUUUACACCUUUGAAGUAUUAGAUUCAGAUGGUAAUCUAUUAUCACCAUCAGAAAUUCAAGGCAAUUUAGCACAAAUUCUUAGUGACAAUUCAAAAGCUGAUUGCGAGCUGGGUGUUUUAACAACUCAGAACAGGGAUGAUUGGGCAAAACAGAGGAACCAUUUGGAAGAAAUUGGAAAUAAAGAGGUGUUCCAAAAAAUUGACUCAGCGAUAUUCAAUUUAGUGCUAGAUGAUGUUUGUAUAGACGAUAAUAAACAUAGGCUUUUAGCACAUUAUUUACAUGGAGAUGGCUCAAACAGAUGGUUUGACAAAUCAUUCAGUCUCAUAGUCACUAAGGAUGGUGUGUCUGGUAUUAACUUUGAGCAUUCGUGGGGUGAUGGGGUAGCCGUUCUCAGGUUUUUCCAAGACAUAUACACAGAAACGACCACGAAGCCAUUUAUAGGACCCGACAGUAAACCAUCUGAUAAACAAAUCACGGUAAAAAAAUUAGAAUUUAACUUAGAUGACAAAUCAAAAAGUUUCAUUGAAAAAGCCAGAAAGGAAUAUCGUGAUUGGUGUAAUUCGUUAAGUAUUGACUACAUUUUAUAUGAAGGCCUAACAAAAGAGGCCUGCAAGAAAUUUAAAGUCAGCCCUGAUUGUAUAAUGCAACUUGGAUUUCAGGCGGCUCAUCAUCUACUUCACGGUAACUAUGUGGGCACAUAUGAAUCUUGCAGUACAUCCGCCUUCAAACAUGGCCGAACAGAGACCAUGAGGCCUUGUACGGAUAAAACUAAGUUAUUCUGCGACAGUCUCCACUCAAACAAAUCAACAAAACAGGAGCUCAGAUCCAUUAUGCAGGAAUGUUCCACCUACCAUUCCGAGCUUGUUAAACAGGCAGCGAUGGGGCAAGGAUUUGACAGACACCUGUUCGCUCUCAUGAAGAUAGCCGAAGACAAUGGCCUGCCUCGCCCAGAAUUAUACGACUCCUUUGAAUACAAGUUCCUUAACAAGUCAAUCCUUAGUACAAGUACAUUGUCUGCGCCCAGCGUUUUGGCGGGAGGAUUCGGCCCUGUCGCGAGAGAAGGGUUCGGGAUUGGGUACUCAGCGUUUCCUGAUAAGCUUGGAGCAGCGAUAUCAGCUUAUACAGCUCAUAACAACAGCACGCAAUUCGUUGAAGCUUUAGAAAAGUCGUUUGUAGACAUUACAAAAGUUUUAUCAGAAUAAAUUCUAGUCUUACAUUACACAAUACGUAUCAUGCAGGGAUCAACCGAGGCAUCCAUAAAUUAUAAUCAAAAUGUGUCCCUUAUCCGACCUUCGGCAUAGGACGACCCUUGUCAGUUUCUACGUCUCGAGAUACAAAGCUACUUUGAAAAAGAGACAUCGAUUGUUUACACUACGCUUCGGCUCUCUUAACACUAACCGACAAUGUCUUAAAAUGAAGAAUUAUAUCACAGUAUCGUAGUUCAGAUUUUUUGCUUAAGCUGUUUAAUCAGUCCAAUAUUAUGGUGUACAUUGUCCUAUAUACUUGUGUCAGCGAUGCCCUACCUUACUUCGUUCAAGGUCAGUCUUCAUUACCCACUCGCCAAGUCGCCUCAUCGUCAAGUUAACCUCACUUUUGUACUAAA